CCCCAUCUCAUCUCUCAACAACCGAGAAAGAAUGUCCCGUGAAGCCUACCAAGUCCCCUCGAACCUAGGCGGCUCCCAGAGCGCCUUCGGCGGCGCCGACGGCGGUGCGGGCGGCGCGGCGGGCUCCUCCCUCGACGGCCCCAUGGUCGCCUACCUGUGCGGCGAGUGCAACUCGCGGGUGUCGUUGAAGCGCGGCGAUCAGAUCCGGUGCAAGGAGUGCGGACACCGUGUGCUGUAUAAGGAGCGGACGAAGAGAAUGGUGCAGUUUGAGGCGCGGUGAUUGCCGAUUAUUGAGUUACAGUUAUGUUACUUUGGGGGCUGGGUGAGAUGAGGAAGGGAAGCAGAUUCAUGGGAAACUGAAAAGGGAGAUGAAAGGAGGAAGGGGAAGAUGGGGUUGCUGCUUGGAUUACGAUUGAUGUGCAUUUUCACCUGUGGUGUUUGGGAGUUCAUACCACCCUUUUUUUUUCAUAUACUCUUUGCGUCGUGGUGGUGGUGGUGCGGAUGUGCUGGGUAGACGGGGUAAGGUUCUUUGUCGUCAGACUGGCUCAAAGAUUGAGCCUGGACAGGUCGGGUCCGCGUGCUAUGGCUGUCACCGUGGCUAUGGGUAAGUCGCAUAGGAAACUAUUUCUAGCGAGGCUGUCCUGGCAACUGGCCGAUUAUACCUCAACAACCUAGCCUCUGGUCAUAUGCUAUGCUUGCACUAUCCUAUGCUACUCACAAGUUCUUCAAAUCAGACCGGUCUAUCCGGCCAGAAUAAUCCAAUCUCCCAAUGCUUGUCCG